UGGUGGUGUGUAACUUUGAAUUGAGAAAAACUUCUGCUGUUCUGUUAUUCAAACGUUUGUUUUAUUUACAAAAAAAAAAAUUACGCAUCGUUUGAACGCAGAAGAAAUUUCUGUUCAAUUGUGUUGACAUUUUUUCUCUCGUACCGGCAAAGUAGAAAAAUGCAUCGUUCGCUGAAUUGAGCUAAUUUUUUGUCAUGCGCUUGUGUCACUCGAUCGUAAUCGAUUCAUCGGACAGCCGUUAGCAGAGCCGGUAGUACUAUACUAUCUGAGUAGUUGGGGCAGUGAGCAUCGAGCAGUCCUGCCGUAUACUUGUCGGGUGUCUCCACGGGAUCAAUCACAUCGCUGUCUACGCACAAAGCGUCAUUUUUUUCUAGAGACUUGUCCGAUUUUCUUGAAUUAGUUUCAGUUCCAUCGAUCAGUGAAUCUGUACAUUGUUUUAUCUACCAAGAUGCAGCACGAAAAAGUUUCGGCUCUGAAAAGGGCAGAAAGGACCCGAAAUCAUCGUACCAUGAGUACAGACAGAUUGGAUAGUACUCGCUCCAGCGAUCUUAGUAAUACUACUCUAGCAUCGCUCAAUUCGCCAAAACGAAAAACCCAUUUAUCAAGGCAUUCAACGAUGCCUCAAAACAUCAGUACAAAUCUGGCAAAUCUCAGAAAAAUGGAAUUGGAGAAUAAUAAUUUGGAAAUGGAGCUUAUUUAUAGCAAUUUUACAGCAUCGUACAUAGAGUUGUACCUAGAAGAAAAGAAAAAAAAGGAAGCGGAACAAUCAAGCAGUACUCUGAUAAAAAACCUCAGCAAAGAGACAAAGUCGCUUCAAGAAUAUUAUUAUACUCUAUCUAUAAGAUUGAAUGAUAUUGAAUAUCUAUCGUGUUCAAAUGAUUACACAGAUUCAGUUCAGCAAAAUACAAAGGAUUUCAAAGACAAAAUACAAAAAUGGGGUAUCAAUGAUGCUUUGUUACAAUUGAAAAAUCUUUUGAAGAGAUUUAAUGUCUUGCGCUGUGAAAAUAUGAUUUUGCCAAAUUCACCGGAACAUAUGCAAGAUUUAGAAAAAGUUUUGAAAGAGUGUCUUAAUGCAUUAAAAGAAGUGAGUAAUCCAGAGAAAUGCGAACUCAUAGAAAAAACAGCCUCUUAUUAUGAAGAAUUUGUUUCAAUAUAUCAAGAAAUUAUCCAAAUUAAAAAAAUAGUGGAAGAAGAGAUUUGUUAUGUACAAAUUGAAACUUUGAAGACAUGUUCACAUGCUUUGUCACAAAACAAUGAUUAAUUAUAGAAAGAAUAUUUGAUUGUAUUAAAGUAUAUUUGUGAGUUAAGGAAUAAUU